GCCCCACACCGCGGGAACCAGGAUACGAGGUCGUUUGCCCGGAGCAUCUUCAUCUCGCCUUCCGUCCCCUUCUCAUUCACCGCUUCAACUGCUAUCCUCUUUUCCGCGCAGAUUUGGACAAGCCAGGCCAUGCAGCCGGCCGCCCUUCUCGGCCUUCUGGGUGCCACGGUGGUUGCAGCCGUCAGCUCUAUGCCAGUGGACAUCAGGAACCACAAUGAAGAAAUGGUGACUCACUGCAUCAUCGAGGUCCUCUCAAAUGCCCUAUUGAAGUCCAGCGCUCCACCCAUCACUCCGGAGUGCCGACAAGUCCUGAAGAAGAAUGGAAAAGAUCUCAAAGAUGAAGAGAAAAGUGAAAAUGAAAACACAAGGUUUGAAGUGAGAUUGUUGAGAGACCCAGCUGACACCUCAGAAGCCCCCGGGCUCUCCAGUAGGGAGGACUCAGGGGAGGGGGAUGCCCAAGUCCCAACAGUAGCAGACACGGAGAGCGGUGGGCAUAGCCGAGAGCGGGCAGGCGAGCCCCCAGGAAGUGAAGUGGCCAGAGAAGCAAAGACACGCUAUUUUAAGAGCGAGGGACAGAACAGGGAGGAAGAAAUGGUAAAAUAUCAGAAAAGGGAACCUGGGGAAGUUGGCAGUGAGGAGAGACUGUCUGAAGGGCUGGGAGAGGCACAAACGGCUUUUCUCAACCAAAGAAACCAGACUCCGGCUAAGAAAAAGGAGUUAGUGUCCAGAUAUGAUACACAGUCUGCCGGGGGCCUUGAGAAGUCGCACAGCCGGGAGAGGAGCAGCCAGGAGAGCGGAGAGGAGACCAAGAGCCAGGAGAACUGGCCCCAAGAGCUGCAACGCCGCCCGGAGGGCCAGGAAGCACCCGGAGAAAGCCAAGAGGAUGCCAGCCCCGAGGUGGACAAACGGCGCUCGAGGCCAAGACACCACCACGGGAGGAGCAGGCCUGACAGGUCCUCUCAGGAGGGGAAUCCUCCCCUCGAGGAGGAGUCACACGUGGGCACGGCCAACUCAGGGGAAGAGAAAGCCCGCCAUCCAGCCCACUAUAGGGCUUUGGAGGAGGGAGCCGAAUACGGGGAGGAAGUGAGGAGACACUCAGCUGCCCAGGCUCCCGGGGACUUGCAGGGGGCACGAUUCGGGGGCAGAGGACGUGGAGAGCACCAGGCUCUAAGACUUCCCAGCGAGGAGAGCCUAGAGCAGGAAAACAAGAGACACGGCCUCAGCCCAGAUCUAAACAUGGCGCAGGGGUACAGCGAGGAGAGCGAGGAAGAGAGGGGUCCGGCGCGGGGACCCAGCUACAGAGCCCGGGGAGGGGAGGCGGAGGCCUACUCCACGCUAGGCCUAACAGAAGAGAAACGGUUCUUGGGUGAAACGCACCACCGUUUUCAGGAAAGCCAGAGGGACAAGGCGAGGCGCCGCCUACCAGGCGAUCUGAGAAAUUACCUCGACUAUGGUGAGGAAAAGGGUGAGGAAGGAGCCCGAGGGAAGUGGCAGCCUCAGGGAGACCCGGGAGACGCUGAGGAGAACAGGGAAGAGGCUAGGCUUCGAGGCAAACAGUAUGCUCCCCAUCACAUCACUGAAAAGAGAUUAGGGGAGCUACUCAAUCCAUUCUACGACCCUCCCCAGUGGAAGAGCAGCCGUUUUGAGAGAAAAGACCACAUGGAUGACAGUUUUCUUGAGGGUGAAGAGGAAAAUGGGCUGACCUUGAAUGAGAAGCAUUUCUUCCCAGAAUACAACUAUGACUGGUGGGAGAAAAAGCCCUUUGAAGAGGAUGUAAACUGGGGGUAUGAGACGAGAAACCCGGUCCCCAAACUGGAUCUAAAAAGGCAGUAUGACCGAGUGGCCGAACUGGACCAGCUCCUUCACUACAGGAAGAAGUCAGCUGAGUUCCCAGACUUCUAUGACUCCGAGGAGCAGAUGAGCCCACGACACACAGCAGAAAAUGAAGAGGAGAGGGCUGGCCAAGGAGUUCUGACGGAGGAAGAGGAAAAAGAACUUGAAAACUUGGCUGCGAUGGAUUUGGAACUACAGAAAAUAGCUGAGAAGUUCAGUGGUAACCGAAGGGGCUAAUGGUCAUUAGAGUAAAGGGCAGAUUUUAAGAGAGCCUUCACAUGAUCUGUUACCCACCACUUCACUGAAAGACCCCAUUUAUUUACCUAAAGGCAGAAAGUAGAAUUUACUUAUCCAAUGUUUGACACAAUUGGAAAUGUCUUUAAUUUUUGCCAGAAUGCUAUUGAAAAUAUGAAUAGCAUGACUUGUAGUAUACUCUUGAUCAAAAAGUAGAUAUAUUAACAUGCUUGUGACAAUGACUGUGCUACUGUCCUUGAAAAAAUGUCUUAGUUUGAAGUAAUAAAAGAUUCACCU